AUGGAGACGCUGGGGAGCAACAGCAGCUGUGCGAACGGUUCCCUGAUCACCCUGUAUUGCUCCUCCCAACAAGUCCUGUGCCAGAUUGUCAAUGACUUUGAACCUGACAACUCAAACGUCACCUUGAGCAAUUGGCAAGAGAGGGUCAGGAAGAACUAUGGCUUCUUCAUUGGCGUGGGCCUGGCCAUCUUCUCCAGCUUCCUCAUUGGCAGCAGUGUCAUCCUUAAGAAGAAGGGCCUCAUUCGGCUGGUAGACAAGGGUGCCACUCGAGCUGUGGAUGGAGGUUUCGGCUACCUCAAGGAUAAAAUGUGGUGGGCUGGAUUUCUCACCAUGGGUCUAGGUGAGGCUGCUAACUUUGGGGCCUACAUAUUUGCUCCUGCGACAGUUGUCACUCCGCUUGGAGCCCUGAGCGUGCUCAUCAGUGCUAUGUUAUCAUCUUACUUUCUGGGAGAGCGACUAAACCUGUUGGGCAAGUUGGGCUGCAUGAUCUCUAUAGCAGGCAGUUCGGUGAUGGUGAUCCAUGCCCCUGAAGAAGAGAAGAUCAAGUCAAUGAAUGAAAUGGCUUCAAAGCUGAAGGACACAGGCUUCAUCGUGUUUGCUGUGCUCCUAGUGGUGAGCUCUCUUAUCCUCAUGUUCAUCAUUGCCCCACGCUAUGGGCAGAAGAACAUCCUCAUUUAUAUCAUCAUCUGCUCUUUGAUGGGGUCCUUCUCUGUGUGUGCUGUCAAAGGCAUGGGGAUUGCCAUUAAGGGCUUCUUCCAGGGACAGCCAGUUCUCCGGCACCCUCUCACAUAUUGCCUUGGGUUGAUCCUGGCGACUUCAAUUCCCAUACAGGUCAACUUCCUCAACAGGGCUCUGGAUAUCUUCAACACAUCCUUAGUGUUCCCCAUCUACUACGUGGCCUUCACCACUAUGGUCAUCACUUCCUCUAUCAUCCUCUUCAAAGAGUGGAACAGCAUGUCAAUUGUGGACAUCCUGGGCACCAUCUCAGGUUUCAUUACGAUUAUCCUGGGGGUGUUCUUGCUCCAUGCUUUUAAGGACCUUGAUGUUACCUGGGCAAGCCUUCCCCAUACCCACAAAAACCCAGUCCCCCCUCCCACCCCUGAGCCCACAAUCAUCAAGCUGGAAGACAAAAGUGUCCUUGUGGACAACAUAGAACUGCCCACAUCCUCGCCUGAGCAGAAACCCAAAGUCUUCACAAUCCAAACCUAA